AGCAGGAACCUGCACAUAUAAAAGCCAGCGGUUCCCAUUCAACGCUUUAUUCUCCCAUUCCCCGUGCCCGUGACGGUUCCUUUUUAUUUAUUCUUUUUUCUCCCAUUUUUACCUAUUCUCAACAGCGGCUGCACACCGCGCAAUUCAUUUCGAUUCGCCAAUCUGAAACCUCGCAGGCGUCUUGUCCAACAGUCCGAAUCCAGCCAGACCUCGCUCGGCGCAGUGGCCGGUUGUCGACCACCGAGGGACGACUACGUGGCCUCGCCUAAUACUUAGGUCCCAUAGUUGACUCGGCUGGCGAAGCAACACAAGCAGUCCCAUAAAAUCCCCCCUAUUUCUUUCGUUACCUGAGGCAGGAUCGCCCGCACUUUCCACAAACACCGCCACUGUGGCCCUUUCCUUGUCACUUGUCAACUUGUCGGAGAGCAUCAUGGCGACCAACGGCACCUCUACGCCCUCGAGCACCACGCCCAAGCAGACCAAGAUCUGCGUCUACUGCGGUUCCUCACCAGGAAACAAGCCAGAACAUGUCGAAGCCGCCCGCGAGCUGGCCCGACUGAUGGCCGCCAACAACAUCGCACUAGUCUAUGGAGGAGGUACGGUCGGACUCAUGGGCGAGGUCGCCAAGACGCUCGUCUCGCUCUCCGGGCCGGACUCGGUCCACGGCAUCAUCCCGGAAGCGCUGGUGCGGUACGAGCGGGACCCGACGUACACGUCCAAGCAACUACACAGCGAGACGGGCACGCACAUGGCGGUCCCCGAGGAGUCGGUGUUUGGGCGUACCACGAUCGUCAAGGACAUGCACACGCGCAAGCGCCUGAUGGCGCAGGAGGUCAUCGACGGCGGGCCGGGGAGCGGCUUCAUCGCGCUCAGCGGCGGCUACGGCACGCUCGAGGAGCUGUUUGAGACGGCGACGUGGAACCAACUGGGCAUCCACGACAAGGGCAUCUGCGUGCUCAACAUCAACGGGUUCUACGACGGGAUCCUGAGCUGGAUCAACAAGAGCGUGCAGGAGGGCUUCAUCCACGGCGACAACAAGCGCAUCGUGGCCGAGGCCAAGACCCCGGAGGAGGCCAUUAUCGCCUUGAGGGAGUACAAGGUGUCGGAGGCGGUCUUCAAGCUGUCUUGGAACAACCAGUAGACUGUUUUUUUUUAAACCCCUAUAGACGAGAUGGUCCUUGGCACUGGCGUUGUUAGAUAGAAAGAGAGGGGGGAUCCCGACUCAUUCAUAUCAUCAUCAUCAUCAUCAUGCACGG